UGUGGGAGGCGGUGCCCGCCCACACGUAGGACGGUCUCUGCUGAGAGGCUCCGCUCACAGCUCCUCCGUGCUAGAGAGCUAGAAGGUUCCUGAGGUGGUUUUUUUUUUCUUCUCCCGGCCGGAGGGUGUCUCCCGCUUUGGUUGACAGGGUGUUAAAUUCCCGACUCGCUCGGCUCUCGUCCAGUUCCCGUGGCCAGCUCUGCGCUGUGCCGUCCAUAAAAGCUACUGCGCUGUGUACCAUCGCUUCAUUCUGCCUCCGUUCAUCGCACCCCAGGGCGAGCAGCGUUGUGUUUAUGUCUUUAUUGGACGAAAACGAGCUGUUGCGCAGCCAUUGGUACCUAUAUUGGGGGAACAUAGCAUACAAACAAGACGCUCACAGCCUCGGUGGCGAAAUUAUUUUCAUGUCAGAGACCGAGAACUCUUGCAGUCGUUUAUGUCAUCCAGUCUUCUCCAGACAGAAGAUACCAAAAAGUUGCAAUCAAAGAUCUUUUCCUCUUCUUGAAAGAGCUAAUAAUAAACCAAAAUGUCUCUCAAUGUCAACCGCAGUGUUUCCGAUCAGUUCUAUCGGUACAAAAUGCCCCGUCUGAUUGCCAAGGUAGAGGGCAAGGGAAAUGGAAUAAAGACAGUAAUCGUCAACAUGGUUGACGUUGCAAAGGCGCUUAAUCGGCCUCCUACGUAUCCCACCAAAUUUUUUGGUUGUGAGCUGGGAGCACAGACCCAGUUUGAUGUUAAGAAUGACCGUUUCAUUGUCAAUGGAUCUCAUGAGGCAAAUAAGCUGCAAGACAUGUUGGAUGGAUUCAUUAAAAAGUUUGUUCUUUGUCCUGAGUGUGACAAUCCUGAAACAGAUCUGAAUAUCAAUCCCAAGAAACAAACAAUAGGCAAUUCCUGUAAAGCCUGUGGCUAUCGAGGCAUGCUGGAUACAAGACAUAAGCUCUGUACUUUCAUUCUCAAAAACCCACCAGAGAACAUAGAUGGCAGUACAGGCAAAAAGAAGGAAGAUAAAAAAAACAAGAGGGCCAAAGAAAAUGGUUCUGUAGCAAACAAUGAAUCGCCUGUCCUAACAGAGUUAAAUCCUCCACGUGUGUUAGGAGAGCCGGAAGAUGAUGAAGAUUGGGGUGAAGACACAACGGAAGAAGCUCAGCGACGCAGAAUGGAGGAAAUAAGUGAUCAUGCAAAGAAUCUGACACUGAGUGAGGACCUGGAAAGGCCAGUUGAGGACAGAGUUAACAUGCUAUUUGACUUUGUAAAGAAAAAGAAGGAAGAAGGAGUUAUAGAUUCAUCAGAAAAGGAGAUUCUGGCUGAGGCUGAAAGACUAGAUGUAAAAACACAGGGGCCAUUGGUCUUAACAGAAGUUUUAUUUGAUGACAAGAUCAGAGAUCAGAUCAAAAAAUACAGACGACACUUCCUACGGUUCUGCCACAACAACAAGAAAGCACAGAGGUACCUGCUCCAUGGUUUUGAGUGUGUUGUGAGUAUACACCAAGCACAACUACUCUCCAAAAUUCCACAUAUCUUGAAGGAGAUGUAUGAUUCAGAUCUCCUGGAGGAGGACGUUAUCAUCAAUUGGGCUGAGAAGCCAUCUAAAAAAUAUGUCUCUAAAGAACUUGCCAAAGAUAUUCGAGCAAAAGCAGAUCCUUUUAUUAAAUGGCUGAAAGAGGCUGAAGAGGAGUCUUCAGGUGAUGACGAAGAUGAGGAAGAUGAGAAUAUUGAGGUUGUAUAUUCCACGAGUGUAAGAGUUCCUAAAGUGGAAACUGUAAAAUCUCCUGAGAAAGAUGAUGACAUUGAUAUUGAUGCCAUUUAAAAUGACUUCACUGACAGCAGCUGUUCACAUCCUGCUUUUUAUGCCUGAAGUGCAACAUGUAUGUGAUUGAGCUGUACUAGCUGAACAUCAUGCUACACUUUUGUAUGCUUCAGUUUCUUUCUACUGUGAUUUGGUCUAUAAGCUUCACUAAUUAAAAAGGAAAAAACAAGCAUAGAGAAAUGGAUCAGACUUGGUUUGUCUAUAGCAUGUAGUUACUUUUUAAAUUCUAGUGUUUUGGUGCACAUUUAUACAGUUGUGAAUAAAGGUUUUUGUUUUUGGUC